GCCAGCAAUUGAGAUCCGUUGUCUUCUUGUUUCCCUUCUCUAAACCCUGUCUCUCUCGCUUGGCUCGAAAAUGGCACGCUUAGUCCGGUGUUUGAGAGAAACCCUAAUUUCACCAUUUUCACCUUCUUGCUCAGUUUGCAGAGUCCAACCCUUUAUGGAAUCUGCUGUGGAAAAGCCCCUCUCCUUUGUAAAUCCUAAACUCUCAUCCCCUCAUUUCACCAGAACUUACAUCUCCGAAAUGCGCAAAUCCGCCUUCGACGGUAACAUUCUUAGACUCCUUCGCAACGAAAUCCAGUACGAACUCGACCGCGCUCCUCCCUACCAGCCAGUUACAAAAUUUAAUUCAUUUACAGUUGAUGAACGGCCUGGAGAGCAAUGGAUUAGCUUGAAAAGAAAAUAUGGAGAGAAUGAGGACAUAAAACUCGAAGCCACCAUGUUUGAUGGAGCUAUUACUGGACCAAACUCUGCUGGUGGUGUUGGAGAUCAUGUCCUUCACAUCACCAUGAUUGUCAAUAUCUCCAAGAAAGAAGGUGGUAAUGUCUUGGAGAUCAUGUGCUCAGUUUGGCCAGAUAGUAUAGAGAUUGACAAGCUUUACGUUAAAAAACGUGAUAACAUGCCACCUCAGCCAUAUGCGGGUCCUGAAUUCAAGGAGUUGGAUGAUGAAUUGCAAGAUUCACUUUAUGAAUUCUUGGAAGCCAGGGGCAUAACGGAUGAACUAGCUUCUUUCUUGCAUGAAUGCAUGAAGAACAAAGAUAAAACCGAGUUUAUUAAAUGGAUGGGAACUGUAAAAUCUUUCAUUGAAAAGAAGUAAAGUGGUUGGCCUUGUUACAAUUGGGAUGAGGAUUAAUUGUUAACCCUUGAAUGCUUUUAACCUAGUACUAGUGUGCAAUUUUUUUGCAUUUGCAUGAUAUCUUGAUGGAUAGCAGUGGAAGUGAUUUUUUUUUAUUUUUUUACAAGUUAAUGAAGGAAAGAAUUUGGCAUGCUUACCUGCAACUGUUUAUGACUAUUUAUUGGCUGUAUUUUACGAAAUUGAGAGUGUGAGAUAAUCAAUUCCAUUCA